AUGGUUCGCAGCGCGCUUUCUUCUUCUUCUUCUUUUCUUACCACGGCGCAUUGCUCACCGGGUGAGGACUAUACUGCUUCAGCUUCAGAAGGUGUGACUGUCUUGCCUCAAACGAGGCCCCUGGGAGGCCAUUCGGAGGCAGCAGAAACCGCAUUUCCGGGGCAAAACCAAGUCGUGGUGGUGGAAAAUGAAGCUGGCCCAUCCCACCAAAAAAGCUCUUUGGUUUUAAAUAAAAGUCUCGAAGCCUCAAUGCGGAAUCACAUUGCACGGCUCGAGCAAAGCAAGGAAUAUACCCGGUUACUGGAAUUCGAGAAUAGAGAUCUCCAGAUCCGGGAACUAAAACAGGACUGCUUGUCCUGUUUUCAACAGGUGCUUCUCCGCCACCCGGCCUUGGCGGACCAGGCCCCGUACCACCCACAAGAAGCGUUUGACGACUUCUUGGAUCAACGGCGGGAAGAGCUGGACAAAAAAGAGGCGGAAAUUCCCUUGGAGAUAGGGGCGAGUACUACACGAGCUUGUAAGUCCAAGUACGGAACGAGCCUUGUCUACGAAGCAGAGCACCCUCAUGAAGCUUGCUUCUGGCGAAGCUUAACGCACUAUGGCAGGAGAGCAAAAUGGGUGGACCCCAGGGAAGGGUUGAUAGGAGAAGUCCUCCCCGUCGUUUGGUUUGUGGGUGGUAUACUGGAUUGGUACCUCAUUGAGCUUCGCCCCUCCACCAGUAAGGGGGCUAAAAGCAAGGUGGUGAUUAAACGGCCUAUCGCCGCCUCUGACGUCGCUGCCCCCGUUACCCAUGCCCUUACGCGCAAAGAUCAUAACGAAUCGAGAUUUCAAAUUAGCUCCGGGAGAGCAGUUCACCCCAGAGGAAGAAAAACCGAAUCCGAAUCAACAAUUGAGAAAGCUACAAAAGCAAGGAGGCUUUCAGGGCGAAAGAUUAUUAUGAACAUAGAAUUGCAGUACAUGAAUCAUGAGUUUGAUGUUGAAUGGCGCACGGCGCCCCAUCUGACAAAUCCAUUGGACGACUGCCUUUUAUCUCUUUCCCUUCUCUUGGGCGAGCUUUCUCAAGCCAACCUCCAGCUCUUAGCUCUACGGAUGAUUAAGAAGGCAGAAUCACAGCGGGUGACUGCCGAGCAGCAGCACUGCUCGUCCUGGCAUAGCCGUAUGAUUUCUUCACAGAUUGUAUUGUCUCAUCCCGGCUUGUAA